ACCCUUUGGGGAACGCGGGCAGCCGGUGCGCGGCCCCGCGGACCCACCGCGGGCGCGCGCCCUGCACCCCGUCUCCCCCCCACUCCCCGCGCGCGUGCGCGCCCUGCACCCGACUCGACGCCCGUGCGGGCGAAUCAGCUCCGAGGGUCCGCCUGGCCGAUUGACUGACGCGCCCGCCAGCCAAUGGGCGCGUGACGGCCGCCCAAUCACGGGCCGGGGGGCGGGGGUUUGUGGAGCUGGCGGCCGGAACCCCCGAAGAUGGCGGCACCGUUGAAUCAGCAGCAGCAGCAGUUGGCUGCGGCCCAGGCCCAGCAGCAGCUCGUUCAGGCCCAGCAGCUGGCGGCGGUGCAGGCACAGGCUCAGGCACAGGCCGGUCAACCGGCGCUCGCCCAGCAGCAGCAGCAACAACAGCAACAACAACAACAACAACAACAGGCUCAGCAGCAGGACGACCCUGUGGCCAAGUUCAAGCUACUGAUCCCACAGCUGAAGGAUUCGCUGCAGAAUCUAAUGAGGAUUGCAGCUCAAAACUUGUCCCAAAACACAACUAUUGAUAAUGGACAGAAGAGCAGUGAUACCGCAUUGCAGCGCUUCGAUAAGAGCUUAGAGGAAUUCUACGCUCUCUGUGACCAGGUGGAACUGUGUCUGAGGCUGGCUUUCGAAUGUCUAUCCCAGAGCAUCGACAGUGCUAAACACUCACCCAACCUGGUUCCCACUGCAACCAAGCCUGACACGGUGCAGACGGAGAGCCUGUCAUACACCCAGUACCUCAGUAUGAUCAAGUCACAGAUCUCCUGUGCUAAGGACAUUCAUAAUGCCCUCCUGGAGUGCUCAAAGAGGAUUGCCAGCAAGGGGCAGAUCUGAGCAGCAAUGCAGCGUCUACAGUCUGAUUCUGGGUCCUCUGGAAUUAGCAUUUCCAUGAACCUCUGCUGUAUCACCACGGGUAUUGUCCAAGUGGUGGGAUGUAUAGGCAUCUCCCAGUCCAUUGUCUGCCUGUUUAGUGUAUAGGUUCUCUGAACCUCCACCUUCUGCAGUUGACAUUCUGUGCUGUGGUCUGUUCCUGUUUUCUCAGUGGGGUUAGGGGCAUGCGUGCCAUAAGCGGUCCUAUUCCAUCUUUCAGAGUGAUACUGCAUGUUCACCCUCUUAAACAAGCUCAGUUUGUCUCUUAAGUUAAGUAGCACAUUCGGACGUGACAAAUUCCAGCUCAUUAUUGCAAAGGCCUGCACCUAGCUGUGUGUAUGUGGGACUGAGAGAGCAGGAUUGUGGUCAGUUAGAGGACGACAGCAAAUGCAGCUUUGCUGAAUUCCUCUCCUCCUUUGAAUGAAAGGAGUGUUAGCCUUUUAGCCCCUUGAGUCUUUGCCACAGUUCCUUUAGAUCACUGCCACUCUGCAUCUUAAUUCUAUUUGAUGCAUGCCCCAUUCUACCCUGACCUAGAAACCUAUCAGCCUCAGCUGUGGAAGCUGCAGUGCAUGUCCAGCAUCCACAACCUUUUAGGAAAGGUGGCUCCAGAUUUCCUUGGCCCCUUGUAUGAAAUUGUGAGCUGACUGGCCAAGGUUUGAGGCCCUAGUUCUCUCCAUCCACCCAACCAACAGUUUUUAUACUUUUAUAAACCUUCAUUAGAUCAUCCUCUUUUUUUUAGUUUAGAGUAAACACAAGCACAGUUUCCACAAUGUACCUUUGUGAUUUGCUCCUACCACCCAUAUUGUCACCAUCACUUUGCUGAUUGUAGCUGCAGUCUGACUUUCCAUCCCCACGCCUGCAGAGGUUGAUAACUGGGACAUCCUGGGAGCUCCCUCUUACUGUACAUUUGUUCUCCUGACUCUCUGAUGACAGGUUCACAUGGUGUAAAGAUACUGUAUCUCACUGUUGUGAAAUAAAUGAUUAGAGGCUAGGAAUCCUCCAGCAAACACCAGGGUGACCGGAGGGUCAAUCCCAGUCUGCUCUUAAUGUUCCCUAAAUUACUGCUGACUGAUUCACUCUUCUCUUUUGUGCAAGAGAGACUGACUGUUAAGUUAUGACCAGCUUAACUUGGCCUGAUUACAGGCAGCAAGUGGUGCAGGAGAAGUUUCAAGCUCAUUUCUCUAAUAAAGUGUCCUGUGAAUAUUAAUAUCUAUAUAAAGUGAUAUGUGUAAAUUUCCUACUACAUCUUUGAUGUUGGUGUAUCUUUAUAUUGAUUG